UCUAGCCUGCUCUAUAUGUCCUCUGCAGCGCCACACCAAGCACUUUAAAUCUCUCUCUCUCUCUCUCUCAAUACACCUUUUACUAGGAUCCAAUGCAGUUGGAAAGAAGACGGACAGUUCCUUCUCUAUCAAUACAUACCCGGUAAAUUUUUCUUCUUUUUGAAACCAAAAAAUAAUACCUGGUAAAUUCUUGCCGGUUGACCUUAAAAGAAAAAAGAUGACGGACAGCAGUGAGGGUGGGAUGCAAUAAACUCAGUGCAGAUGGUGCUGAAAAGGGAAAAUUGGUUCUAUAGCAUCAAAAGAAGAUCGUUUUCGUGAAAUAGUAUUAAAAGACCUUCAUUCUAUAAAAUAGCACCAAUAGAAUCAACAUUACCCCUAAACUAGCAUUUCGUCACAUUUUCCACUACCUCAUCCGUCACGAGCUCCUUCUUUCUCCUCGCCGCCCCUGUCCAUGUGUGCCGUGCGCAGGCCUCAUCAGCGUCCGAGGCAGCAAGGAGGAGGAAGGAGCUCAUGGCGGACGAGUUAGCGGAAAACGUGAUGGAAUGCUACUUCAAGGUAAUGUGAAUUCUUUUUGUACUAUUUUACGGAACACGUCUUUUAAUUGUAUUUCACGGAAACGUUUCAGUGCUAUAGAACCAAUUUUCUCAUAAGAAAUUGUACGGAGUAGGUGUGGCCGUCACGAUGCAAAAGGUACCGGGGAGCUGUUUGCAUCAUCUUCCGCCGCUCGUUUUCCGAUCCGAUGGUCAACGGUUUUGCAGCUAGCAGAUCCAAUCAAUCAUGGCGACAUCUCAGCACGGCCUCAGCUCUGACCUGCUACGCGAGCUGACCUCGGGCGACGAGGCAAGCGUGGUGGCGCUCUUGACCGGACAAGGCGAUGGACACUCGCGAACGGACGGACAAGUGACGAUAAGAGUCCAGCUUGACGCUGCGAUGAUUGGAGCAGCGGCGCCAGCGCCGCCGCCACGGCAAGGGGAGGGACCAAGCGGCCUUCUCGGCUUGACGAGCGGCGGGAGCACGGCGCUCCACUUGGUCGCGAGCCGCGGGCACGCGGGGCUCGCGACGCGCAUCUGCGAGCUGGCGCCCUCGCUCGUUGCCACGCGCGACGGGUGCCUCGACACGCCGCUGCACCGCGCGGCGAAGGCCGGGCACCGGGCGGUGGCGGCCCGCCUCCUGUCGGCGAUGCGCGCCGGCGGAGCGGAUGCGGACGCGGCAUUGCAGGCGAGGAAUCGGCUGGGCGCCACCGCGCUGUUCGAGGCCGUCCGGAACGGCCACGCCAAGACAGUGGAGCUGUUGGCGACGGAGGCGCCCGAGCUGGCCGCGGUGACGUCGGGCGACGGCGUCUCGCCACUGUAUCUGGCGGCCAUGGCCGAGUCCGUUGAAAUGGUCCGUGCGCUGCUGCGUCAGUCGCCUGACGGGACGCCGUCGCGGGCAUCGUCCGCCGGGCCGGAGGGACGGACUGCUGUGCAUGCCGCGGCGGUCAAAAGCGAAGAAAUCGUUCGAGCAAUCCUGGAAUGGGAGCAGGGUCCGGCAUUGCUAACCAAAGCUGAUUCGCUCGGGAAAACUCCUCUCCACUACGCGGUAGCACACCGGCAACACGGCGUCAUCUCGCUACUCCUACAUGCCGAAGCUUCGCUAGCGCGUGUAUCCGACAACGAAGGGUUGUUCCCGCUACAUGUCGCCGCCAUGAUGGGUAACAUUAGGGACAUGGUUGAGCUUGUAGACAAAUGUCCCGAGUUUGCGGAAUUAGUAGAUCGCCGAGGAAGAAAUUUUCUGCAUUGUGCUAUUGAACAUGGUCGGAAAAGUGUGGUUCGAUUCAUUUGCCGAAAUGGCAAGUUCGCUAUCCUGCUGAACUCCAUGGAUUAUCAAGGAAACACCCCGCUCCAUUUAGCCGUCAAGUAUGGCCAUCCGAGGAUGGUCAGUUUUCUGCUGCAGAACAUCGCUGUCGAGGUAGGCAUUACCAACAGGGAUGGUCUAACUGCUGCAGAUCUUGCUUACAGUCACCCGGAGCCUGGUUUGCAGUACUUUUUGAAUCCUCGAGUGGUAGUGAAGAACUGUUUAUACUGGAUUAGAGCACCUGUCACCCUCGCAGCUGGAGGGGAUCAUGUUCACCAGCACAGCGGAAUGAGUAACACCACUGCGGCUACGGACGAGGACCCAAAGGACAUCAAUGGCAUCACGGUGACCACGACAAUCGCGUCCGUGCUCAUCGCCACCGUCACCUUCGCGGCCGCCUUCACCGUGCCGGGGGGCUAUGUCGCGGACGACCACCCGCGCGCUGGCACGGCGGUGCUGGCCAGGCGGUUCGCGUUCCGGGCGUUCGUGGCGUCGGACGCCAUGGCGUUCCUCUGCUCCAUCGCGGCCACCUGCUUCCUCGUCUACGGCGGCGCGGGACAGGUCCCUCGGCGCCAGCGCCGCUUGUACCAGUCGUCGGCGUCGGCGCUCCUGCCGCCCGGCGCGCAGCUCAUGGUCGCUGCGUUCGCGUUCGGGAUCCACGUCGUCCUCGGCGAGGCCAACCGGUGGCUGGUGACCCUGGUCUACGUGCUCGCUCUGCCCGCGGUGCUGCUCUGCUUCCCGGGCAUCUGGGCUCGCUUCUACCUUGGGACAGCAAUCUGGCAGCGAGCCGGGUGGAGAGGGCUCGUCAACGUACACCGGCGUCCGGAGAGUUUGCACGAGUUCUUGUGGCUUUUCAUCACAAGCUUCAUGUUCAAAAACCUCGUGCGGUCGUUGUUCGCCGUGCUCAUCUCGGUCACAUUUGUUGUCUGCAUCGCACUGAACAUCGCUUUGCCGGACUACUGAGUUGUAAAUAAUCAUGAAGUUGAGUCAAACACAAAGGUAGAAAGGCUUGAUUGAUUAGGUGAAUAGUUGUGUGUCCGCGGUGUAUGAUCUAGAGGUAUUUGUUGAGGCAUGCUGUGUGUUGCUUGUGAUUACAGAGGUGAGUGUACGUGCACACGUGUUUAUGAGAUGUUUGCAUUUGUGUAGUGUUUUGCAAAAAGAAUAAUGUCUAUUUUACUAUCU